CCAACCUGGACAUUCCAGAAGAGGCCAGGGAGGAUCUGAGAUGGCCUUCUUCAACUUGUAUCUAUUGGGAUAUCAAAAUUCCUUUCAGAACAAGAAAAGGAACGCAACUGAAGAAACAAACCAGAAGGAACCAGAGCCUACUAGGCUUCCCCCCAUUAUAUCAAAAGAUGGGAAUUAUUCCGUGCACCAGAAUAGCCACACAAGAUACCAUGAAGCUGUCCGGAAGGUGUUGUUGAAGACGUUUCCCAAUCAGGUCUUCAGAAUCCCCUUGACUGAUGCUCAGAACUUCAGCUUCUGGCGGUCCCAUGAUCCAGGAGUGCGUCCAGAGGAAACCACGCCGUGGAUCCGGAGCCCACGCCACUGUCUCAUAAAAAGCGCGAUGACCAGGUUUAUGGAUCACUCUGUUCUCAAUGACAGAACCUUCAGUCUGUAUUAAGAAGAUAUGGCUGCAGAAAGACAAGAUGAAUUGUGGCAAGAGUGCAGAGGGGGAAAGAAGGAAGUUUCCCAGUUCUGAUGGCUGACUAAUGGGAGGAGGAGAUGGAGAAAGCAGAGUAAACAGAUUGGACUAAAA